AUGAGUCCGAUAUUGACCAAUCGGCAAGCUGAAGAGCUUCAUAAAUCAAUCAUAGCAUACCUCACUGCUAAUAAUCUACUGAACACGGCCAACACCUUGAGGGCGGAGCUGAAUCUAAGUGAGAAUGCGUUUGACACGGCAACGGCGAAGAAAUAUGAGACGUUGCUGGAGAAGAAAUGGACGAGCGUAGUCCGGCUACAGAAAAAGAUUAUGGACCUUGAAUCCCGGAUGUCGGCGCUACAGACUGAGCUUGAUAAUGCGACACCUAUCUCCCUCGCUAAACGCAACAAGGACCCUGCCUCCUGGAUCCCGACCGCCCCUGCUCGACACGCUUUGGAAUCACACCGAGACACCAUUAACAGCGUCGCAUUUCAUCCUAUAUUCUCCUCCAUUGCUUCGGGGUCUGAUGAUUGUACUAUCAAGAUAUGGGACUGGGAGCUGGGAGAGCUGGAGCGGACGAUCAAGGGUCACACGCGCGCGGUCGUGGACGUGGACUUUGGAGGGCCGAGGGGCGGCAUACUCCUGGCGUCGUGCAGCUCAGAUUUAAGCAUUAAACUAUGGGAUCCCGCGAACGAGUAUAAGAACAUACGGACUUUGCUGGGCCAUGACCACAGUGUUAGUGCGGUUCGAUUUAUACCCCUGGGUGCUUCGGGGGCGCCGUCAUCGGGUAACCUACUGGUCAGCGCAAGUAGAGACAAGUCUCUAAAGAUAUGGGAUGUCAACACCGGAUACUGCGUGCGAACACUACAGGGCCAUACUGCUUGGGUACGAGACGUUUAUCCUUCUCCGGACGGGAGGUUCCUGCUCUCCACCGGAGACGACAGCACUGCUAGGCUAUGGGAUAUCUCCGUCUCGAACCCGGAAAGCAAAGUGACAAUGUUUGGGCACGAUCACUUUAAUGAGUGUUGUGCUCUCGCGCCGUCUUCUUCAUACCAGUAUCUUUCACCGCUCACCGGGCUAAAGAAACCCCCGGCUGCCAGUAGCACGGCUGAAUUUAUGGCCACUGGUUCUCGAGAUAAGACGAUCAAGCUGUGGGAUGCCCGAGGCACUUGCCUGAUGACGUUGGUAGGACAUGACAACUGGAUACGGGCACUGGCCUUCCAUCCUGGCGGCAAAUAUCUAUUUUCGGUGUCGGACGACAGGACAUUACGGUGUUGGGAUCUAAGCCAAGAAGGCAAAUGCAUCAAGGUGAUGAGGGAUGCACAUGAACGGUUCAUUACCUGUCUAAGAUGGGCUCCAUCUAUAUUCAAGGACACACCCACGGGCCACGGAGCAGGCGAUGGAAGAAACGGCGAUAGCAAGAAAACCGAGGGUCCAGAUGUCCAGAUCCGAUGUGUUAUUGCAACCGGUGGUGUGGACAUGAAACUACGGAUUUUCGCAAACUGA